GAUCCCGACCGCGCGGGGGGAGGGGGGCCGCGAGCGCGGGUACGCGCGCGCGGGCGCGCUCCCGCCGGCCUCCCUGCCCCCUCGCGCACACAUCCCUCCAGCGCACCCCCCUCCCCCGCCGCCCGCCCCGCGGCCCCGUUCGGCCUCGCGCGCUCGGAAGGGAGUCGCGAGACGUCGGAGCGGCGGCCACGUAGCGCUGCGGCGGCGGCGGCCGAGGCCGGGUCUGAGGAGCGGCCCAGAGCGCAGACGUUGGGCAGGGGGAGGGGCCGGCCCGGCGGGCGGUGGGGACUGGAGCGACGCGGCGCGGCGACAGGCCCCCGCCGCAGGGAUGGGCCGCCGAGGCGGCGGCGGCGGCGGCCCGGGUAAGAUGUUCCAAGUCCCUUGUAGCUCUCUUCGGAAGAAAAUCAGGAGAGUUCUCUUGCCGUAAGAACAGCCCUGUUUGACUUGCACGUUGGUGCUGUGACGCUGGAAGAAUUGCACGCAGGCUCCAGGAGUUUCUUGUUUUCACUUGAGUGGUUAGUUCUCUGUAGAUGGAGAACGAUUUCAGUCUUAACUGCCCUGUUUUCAAGGUGUUCUCUAUAAUCUGAGCUGCUUUAUAAACUGGGCCACUUCCCAAUGAGCUACCCAGCCAGUCCUUGCCAGGAGCUGGCUGAGAACUGUGCAGUGCGUGCAGCAGGAAUGGCACAGGAAGACAGCCGUCGCGGUCAGGCGCCACCCGCCUUCUACCAUGGUGCCAGCCAGGAGCUCGACCUGUCCACCAAAGUGUACAAAAGGGAGUCUGGAAGCCCUUAUUCUGUGCUAGUGGACACCAAGAUGAGCAAACCACAUCUCCACGAGACCGAGGAGCAGCCAUAUUUCAGGGAGACAAGGGCAGUGUCUGAUGUGCACACUGUCAAGGAAGACCGGGAGAAUUCUGAUGACACGGAAGAGGAGGAAGAAGUCUCUUACAAAAGGGAGCAGAUCAUAGUGGAGGUAAACCUUAAUAAUCAAACAUUAAAUGUAUCUAAAGGGGAAAAGGGUGUCUCUCCUCAGUCCAAAGAGACUCCUGUUCUUAAGACAAGCAGCGAGGAAGGAGAGGAAGAGAGCGAGGAGGAGGCCACAGAUGACAGCAAUGACUACGGAGAGAAUGAACGGCAGAAGAAAAAGGAGAAGCGAGUGGAGAAAGUCAGGGUUACACAAAGGCGAACCCGAAGAACUGCCUCUGUUGCUGCAGCUGCCACUUCCCCUGCACCUCGCACAACUCGAGGCCGUAGGAAGAGUGCAGAGCUACCCAAGCGGAAGAAGCGGGCCGCCAAGGAGCCCAAAGCUCCUGUCCAGAAAGCUAAGUGUGAAGAGAGAGAGACUCUGACCUGUGAGAAGUGCCCCAGGGUCUUUAAUACUCGCUGGUACCUGGAGAAGCACAUGAACGUUACUCACAGGCGCAUGCAGAUCUGUGAUAAGUGUGGCAAGAAGUUUGUCCUGGAAAGUGAGCUGUCCCUUCACCAGCAAACAGACUGUGAAAAAAACAUUCAGUGUGUUUCCUGUAACAAGUCCUUCAAGAAACUCUGGUCUCUUCAUGAACAUAUCAAGAUUGUCCAUGGAUAUGCAGAAAAAAAAUUUGCCUGUGAGAUUUGUGAGAAGAAGUUCUAUACCAUGGCUCACGUGCGGAAACACAUGGUCGCACACACAAAAGACAUGCCAUUUACAUGUGAAACCUGUGGAAAGUCUUUCAAGCGCAGCAUGUCACUGAAGGUGCACUCCUUGCAGCACUCUGGAGAGAAGCCCUUCCGAUGUGAGAACUGCGACGAGAGGUUCCAGUACAAGUACCAGCUCCGCUCGCACAUGAGCAUCCACAUUGGGCACAAACAGUUCAUGUGCCAGUGGUGCGGCAAGGACUUCAACAUGAAGCAGUACUUUGAUGAACACAUGAAGACACACACUGGAGAGAAACCUUUUAUCUGUGAAAUCUGUGGCAAAAGCUUCACCAGUCGCCCCAACAUGAAGAGGCACCGCAGAACUCACACGGGCGAGAAGCCUUACCCCUGUGACGUGUGUGGCCAGCGGUUCCGUUUCUCCAACAUGCUGAAGGCCCACAAGGAGAAGUGCUUCCGAGUGACCAGCCCAGUGAACGUACCGCCAGCUGUCCAGAUCCCUCUGUCCACGGCGCCAGCUGCUCCCGCUCCAGCUGUGGCCAACACUCCUACGAGCCCAGCCCCCGCAGUCAGUAUGAACCCAGUGGGUGGCGCGCUUCCCUCAAGGCCGGUCCCGCAUCCUUUCUCGCACCUGCACAUCCACACGCAUCCACACCACGCACAUCACCUCCCCAUCCCACCUGUGCCUCACCUGCCCCCACCUCCGGCCCUCUUCAAGAGUGAGCCCCUAAACCACAGAGGCCAGAGUGAGGACACCUUCCUGAGGCAUCUGACAGAGAAGAACAGCGCGCCCCAGGCCCAGCAUCAUUAGCGCAGCCGGAGUGCCAUCCCCAUGGUGAGCUGGCAGAAGGGGUGCAGCUGUGCCUCUCUGGGGUCUCUUCGUCUCCAUGGCCUCCUUCAGGACUUUGACCAUUGUCCUGGUGAGCGAUCAGACUGACCCGAAGGAGAGAACAAGAAGACUGCCCUCGCAACCAGGGGAACCACUGAACUAAAGCCCAAUGUGCUUGCAUUUUCUGAUGACUUUUAUAAAUUUCACAUACUCAGACUGCAGGAUUUUAUAAUUUCAUAUCAGCGGAUGAGGUAUGCUUGCUUUUAUAUCCUGGUCUUCUCCUCAAAGAGGGGACAGGCCUGGUUUCCUUUUUACUAAUCGGGAAGGCUGUGAGAUUAAUCCAGAGCAUUAACUGUAUCACUGUGUAUUGUAAUGAGUUCUUUUCAGCUUUUGGUGCUGACUGCAGUCGAGCUGGUCACAAUUCACACAAUAUCAAGCAUUAUAGAGAAGAUGGGUGUUUUCUUCUUUGUGUAGCUCUUUUAACACACUCUUUAUUUUACUACAGAAAUUAUUUUAGAGUUUUUGUAUAGACUUUAGUAGUCUGUUUCUAAAAUGAAAUGUAUUUCAAUAAGCUGUGUAAUUUUUUCAGUGUAGCUAAACCCAUGUUGUAAAAUAGAUAAAUUUUUAUAAUCAUCAAAAUGUGAUUCUUAAAGAUGCAUAUAAUAACUUCUAUUUCAAAUUUAUUCUAACAUCCGUACAACACAAAGGUGCUUCUGGGACUGGGUGAGGGUCACCAGACCAGGUUACUGCAAGAGCAAGGUUCAUAAGUACUCAGGAACUUGACCAUCUUUGCUGGGCACUCCGUCCAUCAGCUCACUGACACGCUCCAUCCCUGGUGUCCCUUUGAGCCCCUCUGUGGAUUCAGUGGGGUGGUGCGUUGGAAUAGGGUCACCAAAAGCUUGUCCGAUUUGAAAAUCUGAGUAACAUUGUGAAUACCUUCAGAAGGAAGUGGCAGAGGUCUCCUUUCGAUCACGUCUGUUUCUCACUUCUCUUAGGAACUUUGUCAUACUCAGCUGUUAGAGGAAGAUAAAUUGGAAUCUCUAAUUUUGAGGUUGCUGUGUUUCCCAGAACCAUUAGGAGAAGCUAAAUGGUGAACUGAAAUCAUAAGUGUAAUUGCUGAUAGAGGCCGAGAAAUGCGAAUGAGAAGACAAAUUGGCUUCUAAGUUUUAAAAUGUCUGCAGUGUCUAAAAUGUGGGUGUCACUCUGAUCUGCAUCUGCCAUUUAAAUUGUAGUGAGAGGAAGCCCCAGGUACUGCUGCCUCAUCCUCCACAGUUAGGCGAGGAAGGAGCAACACCCCUGCCUCUGGGCAGCUCCACAGGGCAUGGUCACCCUGGAGCGGGUUAUAGGAGCUGAAGAGAAGGGCCGACAGUGGUCUGGGUCAGCUGGCAGAUGUGGACCACGGAGCUGCGUGUUUUCUGCUUCUUCACCUCAGAGACUGAGUUCCAAGAGUGGCCACUUCCACUUCUCUUUCUCAUUUCUCUUUCCUCAGGCUCAUAAAUCAGAAAUUUAGCUGUUAUUUAUUUAUCUUUGAUAUGAAAUGUGCAGAUAUGCGUCACGCACUUUUUUUUCUGGGCACUUAACUCUGGAUGGGGACACAUGGACUCUGGAUUGAAGUUAGGUUCCUGCUUCUGCGUAUCACACUCUGCAUUAGCUUUUGGUUUCAUGUUUCUAGAUUUACCACAGUUUUACCUUUGUCUUCUGUAAUGCAUAGGAAAAAUUGUGUGCUGAGACAGGAAAGUAUCUCAGGACACACUUUUCCUCCAGUUCUAGGCAUAAAUUUUAACAAAUGGUAGUUUUUAAUAUUUGCAUACAUUCCUGGAGCCCCCAUAUACCCAAGCCAAAUAGGAAGCCAGUUCCUUCUCCGCUCACUUCCACAGUCUCCUUUGCAUCCCAUGGAAAGUCUGCAGAUCUACACUUUCAUGUAGACAUAUCAUAUUUCAUGGUCAAGUCUAUAAUAUUAAAAUAUUUUUAUCAAAAAAGUAUGUUAUAGCUUAGUUAAUUGGUUUUAUCUUAUUUUGUGCUAAAUACAGUAUUGGACAGAGAUUCUAAAUUCUAGACUUGAGACUGUUGAAUCAACCAUUUUAUAGAUGUACUAUGAAUACUCAUUGAAAAAAUUCAGGUAGUCAGAUCUGAUUUUUUUUUAUUCAAAUGACUAUAGCCAUAAGAAAGUGUCUGCUACAUAGGAAAUCCAGUAAUAACUCAAUAACCACCACUCUCCUUAACAGAAGCAGAAAGUAAGGAAUUAGGAAAGUGAGUUAGCACUGUCACACUGUGUAAUGCAUUCUUACUGAAAUGUACUGUGGAACAAUCUAGAAAUGCCAAUUUUUUUUUUCUGGAUAAGUAUAUCUUCCCUGACUUGGGAUUUGUAAGAAACCUGUUCUUUAAAACAUGGCUCUCAUCAGUGUCAUGUAUGAAUAAUGAACAUAUGCAUAAUGAAAUUCACACCGAGAUGCUUCUGAGCCCAGGGCCACAGGGUUGAGCCUGAAACAUGCAGGCGCAUUGGGUUUAACAUGCUGGAGACUCAAACUCAGGGUUGAAAAUGUGCUUGGGGUCCGCUACUAAGAUAAAAGUUGCAUCAUGUGUGUCCUCUCCAUGUGUGCUGCGGUACCCCAAGGUUCUGCAAAACCUGUUCAGUUCUCGUUAUCUGUUCAUGGAAAAAGAUUGUGGAGGAGUUUGAGUUCUAGGCCCGUAUCUGUACUUUUUUAAAGACAUAGACCUUAUUUCAAAAUAACAGAUAUUAAAUUGAGGCUUUCUUGUUGCCAUUUUAUACUAUCUUCAAAGGCAUGUAUUGUCACAAGGAUUACUUUAUCUUCAAAUGGUUUUUAUUGUUACCAAUUUACUUCUAUGUAGACCAGGCUAGCCUCAAACUCACAGCUUGAGGACCGGGUCUAAAGGGGUGAACUACAACACCCAGCACCCAAGAACUUGUUGUUGUCGUCGUUGUUUUGAGAAAUGGUCUCAUAGAGCUGGCCUUGAACUCUAACCAAUGACUCCCCCUCCUCAGCUGCCCAAGUGCUGGGAUUAUGGGUCACCCUUCGUCACCCUGCCUGGCUUCCACAAGGGUGUUUCUGAGUUGGCAUUACAUUUUUAGAGGCUGGGUUGUACAUCUUUCAUUCUUUUCUUAUAGAUUUAUCAUUUGGAUACACACUUUUUAGCCUAGUGAAAGGCUGCUACUCUCAAAUUGAGUCAGGUAGGGUCAUACUGGGUUAGAUUUUAAAACUGAAUGAAGAGAAGAUGAACCACUUAAGGGCAUGUAGCUUCAUUUUUUUGUAUAUUUUUAACUUGAUUCUUAUUUUUAGCAAUGCAAACGUCUGCAUAUAGAACUUUAAUAAAGUUCAGAACCCCUUUGAAAAUCAUUUCCAUGCACUGUCGCAGUCCUUCAGCAUGGGCCUUUCCAGAGCUGCCUGUCUAAGAACCUCGGCUUCUGGGCGUGACUCCCACACACACUGCUAAGCAGACACAAACUCUCUGAAGCUUUGAAUUUUUAACUUCUUGAACUUUUUUUCAGUUUUUACUAUUGUUGAAUAGAUAUAUAUUUAGUUUCAUUUUUAUCUCACUGGAAGAUUUAAAAUUUGAGAAUAUGAAGUAGAGAACUCCAUUGCAGAGAGAGAGAGAGAGAGAGAGAGAGAGAGAGAGGAAGAGGGAGAGAGAGAGAGAGAGAAAGAGAGAGAGAGAGAGAGAGUGUGAGAGUGAGUGUGUGGAUUUAUUCCCCUCUUGCAGAUUUUGGUUAGGAAAACACAACUAUGAUAGGUGAGUGUUUAUGGUAAAGAGAGAAAAACUAAAGCAUCUAUCAGAAGAACCCAUUUCAGUUAAAGCUUCUGUUUAAGCUGCUGUACGGAAAUACCACUUUUGUUGCUUUGAUGGUCCACAUGAUAUAGAUUUUAAUGCUGUUCCAGACUAUAUGUGGAACACAUCAUGAAAAGAGGUGUGUUAGAUCUAACCAUUUUAUCAACUUAAAAAAAAAAUAUCAGAGAUCAGUUGGAAUUCUUCAGACUCUAAAGUGGAGUAAAGAAUUACCAGUUUUUAAGUUUUUUUUCUUUACUUAAACUAAGUUAGAAAAUUUCCCAAGAAUUCUCUCUCUCCAUCUUUUUCUUUCUUUUUCAGGAAUAAAAGUUCAUUGCCGUUAGAAAUAAUGGCGUUGUUACGCAGUAGCAACUCACUAGAUAGUCUCCUUGUCAUCCGUAGCAUUCAUGAGAAGUAACGCUGACCUUCCAACCCUGGAACUACCUCGAUAAAGCAACCCAGAGAUCCUCGCUACACUCUAUGGAAGCCAUAAACGUUGUCAGUCUGGCCACCUUCGCAGUUCUAUACUUUUGUACUCACUAGACUUUUUUAUAGACUUACAUUCAGACGUUUUCAUCUUAAAGGAUAGCUUUUGCAAGACUCCAAGGAAAAUAAAAUUCCUUAAAUUCCCAACCUUGAAACUCUAGUUUCAGUAAAUUUGUUUAAAGAAUCAGAUGCCAUACUAUUUUUAAAAAUCAGAACUGCUUUGCAGACCUACAUAUUCUGCAAACAAGUUCCUCUUUCUUGUUUCCUCGCUAGAGGCUGUGAUAAAGUGGAGCUUUCCACUUGGCUCACUCAGUGACGUUUCCUGGAGCUGUCUCUCUUACUGUAGCACAGGAGUGAGUAGUUGCUGUCCGUCUGACCCUCUGCUGUCUAUCACUCUGCUCUCGAGUGCCUUCAACAAGCCCGUGUCCUGGAGCCUUCUUUCCCUGGUCUGGAUCCUACCUCUGAUUGUUUCAUUCUCCAUGAGUAUUGGAAUUCACCCUUAUUCCAAAGGGCUUAGCUACAAACUGGCUAGAACCUGGCUGAGGAUUGUGAACACAUCUGUGUUUUGGUCCUCCAUAUUGCUGCUGGGUUAGCCUUGUAGCUUCUCUGCUUGUCUUACUCCUCACAUACGACACCUCUAGUACUAGAGCUGUUCUUGUCCUUUGCCACCUUUCUGUUCUUUCACUGCAGGCUGGGUGUUCCUGUACAGUCGAAGGUCAUCCAGUGUGUCUCUGGGCCAUCGUUUUCUCCUCUGAAGUCUUCCUGAAUGCCUACCCUUUCAAAUUAAAGGAAUGCUGAAUGCUGCUAUUGCUGCACAUCCUUUCUUUCAUAAAUGUUUUACAGGGUUCCUCCCAUGAUCUUAUUUUAGUCAUAGGAAUUUAAAAGUGCUCUCGGGGUUUAAUAAAAGUCCUUCAUUGAUUUUUUUGAGCAGCCCCUCUCAUCCAGCCACCUGUCCCCCAUGCAAACCCCAAUUUAUUUUCUUUUCUAGUUGUCUUCUUACAAGUCAUUUAAAAAGUGUAAUUGGUGUAUAAAUAUAUGAAAGAUGUAAUAAAAAGGAAACUGAAGUGUGUUCUGUGUGUAGUAUGUGCACUUCAUUGAUAAGAAUUCCUUUAGCAGCUGGCUGGUCUCGCUCGUCCCAGAUCAAAGCUGGUGCUGUGUGAUGGGUUCAUUGUCUCCUCCUAAAGUGGAAACAGACGAGCUCCUUCAGAGAGGGAAUUGGAAUUAUUUUUUGUAGGUGGGCGAACACUAAUGAGCAUUUUGACCCUGUCUUUGCUUUCUGACUUACAAGCUCUUGCCUUGAUCCUUAAAGUUAUUGGUACUGAGGCAUCCAGGACUGAUAGCUGCAUGAGGCAGGCAUCUCAAAAGGCAGCUGUUGAUAAAUUUGUAAUACUUUUUGUGUGGGAACAGACAGGAUGUUAAUUGGUGGGGUAGUACCAAAUUGUGAGAAUCGGUUCGAUAAUAUAGAAGUCAAGGCGUUUGAAUGUUUCAUUGGCUGUUUAGAACGAGAGCAGUAUGCAAGCUGUCAGAUGUAGAUUCUGGACUGGAGAAGUCGUUAGCCAGCUUCAGCCUUGCCGUUUCCCAUCCAUGGUCUAGACAGUCACUUCUGGAGCACCAGAUGCCUAAAAGUACCUGCUUUUAGACCGGUUAGUUUUCUCUCCAGAGUCCUAGGCUUUCGGGUAGUGGAGAGCCAUACUUGCUUAUCACUGGGAGGAGCUACAUCCCUGGGAAAGGAUGGCCACUUGUUUUGUGUGUUAUUAGGAUGCCUUUGGCCAGGUAUCAGAGGAAUCUUGCCCCCUCAGAGGUGUUCUGUUGCUUAACGCCAGGUUACCGUCGUCCUAUCUGAGCAUCUGGUGAGAUCGGGAAUGUGACAAUUUACUUGAAAAUGAUUUUCAUAGGAAAUGGAGAUGCUCAAAAGGAUCUGGAAGCUGGGUUUUGCUUAACGUCCAAAGGAAAUCUGAUGCUUGUGUUAGCUGGUUUCAGUGGAGUCAAGAGCCGGCCUGUCCAGGUCUGAGAAGGAAGCAGCUUGUUUCUGCAUCCCUGGCUCUCCUGGAUGAACAAGGCUCUCCAGUCUGCCUUGUAGGUGAACGGGGCCGUGUAGCCAGAAGCAGGGUCUCGCUCACACCCUGCAUGGGACCUGAGACUACUUGGCAGCAUUGGAAAGUAUCUUCCCAUAUAUGAUUGCUCACUUUAACUAAGUUGAAAAGAAAGAAACAGUGUAGUGUAAUAUGUAUUUACUUCUCAAGUUCUAUCACCAGAUACUUCAGAAAAUCAAAUCAAUUAUCUUCCACAAAUUCGAAUAUAAAUUUUUUUCAUUUUUUGAGCUAAUUCUAUCCAUCUGCAGUACUUGUUUUGACCAUAAGGGAGCGCUAAAGUACUUUCCUCUCAGCUUUUAAAGCCCUUCUAGGAUAUUGCUUGUCUCACUGAAUUUGAUGAAAACAUUUUCACAUAUCUCUAAGUUCAGUAGUUGCUCGGGCCUCAUGAUGGGAGCAGAGAUUCCUGGGUCUGAGCUCUAUGUGGGCCAGGCAGCAUAAUCAUCCAGCCUUUGUUAAUAUUGGUGACAUGAGAUUGGAAGUGGGGCCCCUGUCAUGAAGGAUCCAGUGUUUACUAACUAAAUGCAGAGCUGAAAGGCACCCCUCCUCCCUAUUUCCUCCUCUGUGUCCCAUUGCGGCCCAGCACCGUCCCAUCUGUGACUGAGGACUGCUGGAGUGUGUGUACGGGCACAUGCUCUCACUUGGUCUGCUCCAAGUCGGUAUUGGUUAUACCAGGUCUUCCAGUUGAGUGGGGAGGCCUUCCACAGCAUGCACCCCUUCAGGCCAGAGUUUCCUUGUCUUUGAGCUCCUGGCCCUCAUCAGCUCUCUGGAAAUUUUGAUUGUGCUCAUUGCGCAUCUUCAGAUGAAAAGUUGGGUAUGUAUCCACUAAGGGAAACACCAGCCGUGAGCAUUUACCAGGAAGUGUUUGCCCGUGGAAGGGCAUCCCAUACUGAUUUCUUUCUUCCUGGUCCCUUUUCCCCAGCAAGACCCAAGAACCUGAUCAAUGCUGGAUGCAUAGAGUUGGGGGCUCCUUGUAAUUCAAGCCCUAGGCAGAAGCGGAAUGGAAGCUGUGACCAGCUUAGGUAGGUAGCAGGUGGCUGUCCCCGUAGUGCUGAGGUCACUUGUGCUUUCUCUUUUCUAAAGGAAGUCCAAUCUGCUUGCCGGGAAUCUUUAGCCUUAGGUUUACAAAGCUUGCUGUUGAAUGUCUGUCCAAAUGAGUGAGAGAAGAGAGCAGUUACUUGCUUCCGGUCCUGCCUGCAAAGUCAAAAGACUGACUGUAUAGACUGAGGCAGUGUCUCCCUCGUGUCUCUGUAGAGGCGCAGUUGAAGGUCAAGUCAAGGUAGUACUUAGUGAAGGAAGGUAUCUGUCAUGCUGUAAAGAAGCUUAGCGGACCUUGGGGGGUUGGCAGGUGGGGAGGACAGGAUCUCUUGAGACGGGAAGCGUGGUGGAAGAGGAGGGCUGCUUAACCCAGGGAGCUGUGUGAUGGGUGGAGUUAGGCGGCCUCUGAGCUGGCCCACAAUGCCUGGCGUCCUGUCCAGUCCCCCGCGGUGAUAAGUUUCUUCCUUGUGUUAAGUAUACCAAUAUUUUUUUAGCAAUGAAAUGCACUUUUUUAUUUCAACUCAAUCAUGAUUUUAAGUAUAAAAAAUUUAUAGAUUGUUAAAACUACUUUUUUGUGUAUUUUUAACCACUCAAUGUAGCAUUGUAUAUUUUAUUCUUAUUAAGACUCUGGUACAGGUGUGCCAUAUAAUGAUUUUUCCCAACAUGCUGGGCCUUUGGAUGUGUACGGUAACCAACUUCAUGCUAAUGUUCAAAGUAAAAGAGAAGAAAA